AUGAAGAAUCAAGCGAAGAGAAUCCUGAGUUGUCUCCGUUUCGUCAACUCCCGACCCUCAAUUCAGCUGUACAGAAUCCGAUCUCUCCACAGUCAGGUGACUAGUUUCUCAAAUUACCCUCUUUUUCUUUCCCCAAGAAUUAUAGAUACGACCUCUGAUUUCUGUAGUCAGAAAAAACUGUUCUUUUCAUCUAGAACGGAGUCAGUUAUUGAUGAAAUAGUUUCAAAUAGAUGGUUAGAGAAAGAGCAAUUGACGAAUACACUGAGUCAUGAAACUGUGAUUUAUAUUCUGAUGAAAUUGGACAAAGACCCACAGAAAGUUGCCCACUUUUUCAAAUGGGUUACUGAGGAAAAUGGGUUUAGGCCGAGUUCUGUUGCAUAUAGCCUAAUGCUGAGAAUCUAUGCGAAUAAAGAUGCAAUGCCGCAGUUUUGGUCUACUACUAAAGAAAUGAAAGAAAAUGGUUUUUAUCUUGAUGAGGAGACAUAUUUAACUAUUUUUUCGAGUUUGAGGAAGGCGAAAAUGGUUAAUGAUGUAACUGCUUUGAAGCAUUUCUACAAUAGAAUGAUUCAAGAAAAUGCUAUGGGGGAAGUUGUAAAGAAGGUGGUUGAUGUAAUUAAGGAUUUAGACUGGGGUGGUGCUGUCGAGAGAAGAUUAGGGGAUAUGAAGCUUAAUGUUACUGAUAACUUUGUUCUGAGGGUGUUGAAAGAGCUUAGGGCAGAAGGGCUACGCCUGAGAGCGUUGAGCUUUUUCAGAUGGGUUAGUCAUAGUUUGAGUUUUGAGCAUAAUAGUGUUACUUAUAAUGGGAUUCUUAGGAUUCUUUGUAGGGAGGAGUCCGUUUCAGAGUUUUGGGGAAUGGUCAGGGAGAUGCAGGAUGCCGGAUUUGAGAUUGAUAUAGAUACAUAUGUCAAGAUAGCAAGGGAGUUUCGAAAGAGCAAGCUGUUUGAGGACUUAGUUAAGCUUUAUGAACAUAUGAUGGAUAGUCCAUUUAAGCCUUUGGCAACAGAUUGUAGUUUGCUUUUGCGUUUUAUUUCAAGUUGUAAAGAUCCUGACUUGGAUCUGGUGUUCCGUGUUAAGAGGAAGCACGAGGCAGCUGGCUUUUGCUUAUCUAAAACUGACUAUGAUGGCAUUCACAGGUCUCUGACUAGUGUGGGGAAUUUUGAAGAAGCAGAGAAGCUUGUUGAGACCAUGAGAAAUGCUGGAUAUCAACCUGAUAACAUCACAUACAGUCAAUUAAUCUUUGGACUUUGUAAAGCAAGGCGGUUACAGGAAGCCUAUCAUGUAUUGGAUCGGAUGGAAGCUGAAGGACUCCGUCCUGAUAUUGUGACUUGGACAAUUCUUAUUAAAGGUUAUUGUGAUGCUAAUGAAGUUGAUAAGGCACUGCUAUGCUUUGCAAAGAUGGUGGAGACGGGUUUAGAUGCUGAUGCUGACCUUUUGGAGGUUUUGGUGCGAGGUUUUAUAAAUCAGAAUAAGGUGGUUGGGGCAUACCAAUUAGUUGUCGAAAUGACUAACAGGUCUCAUCUGAAAGCUUGGCAAUCUACGUUCAAGAAUCUGAUUGAAAAGCUGCUAGGAGAACGAAGGCUGGAGGAAGCCUUGAACCUUCUUCGGCUAAUGAAGAAACAGGAAUACUCGCCACAUGUUAAACCUUUUACGGAGUAUGUUGCAAAGUCUGGGUCGGUUGAGGAUGCUUUGGAGCUUCUAAAAGCGACAGACCCGAAGUCCAACAAUCUAAUAGGAAUUCUUCUGAAGAGAAACAGAAACUUGGAAAUGAUUGCUAGAAAACCUUUCUCACCUUCAAAGCUCAAAAAGCUCUUAAGUUCAGUUCCACUCUCCACCUAUAUACGCAACAAACCAGUAUGUAAUUCCCAUUCUGCAGUCAGCACUUCGCCAAUCUCAAAUCAGGUUUUAGCUCCCUACUUCACUCAAAACACUUGUAAAUCCCUAUUCACUUUUCGACCCUUUUCUUCAGAACCUGUAAAACCACAGUCUUUACCGCUGAAACCCAUUAGCAGAGAUGGAAACUAUGAUGAUACCACUUCAGAAGGCCUCCCCAUUUGCCCUGGCUGCGGUGUCCAAAUGCAAGAUUCUGACCCUAAACAACCUGGGUUUUUCACCGUGCCCAUGGUUAAAAGCCCUGACUACAAGUCUCGAAUUUAUAAAAAUCCAAUUUUUGAAGAGCCGGAGGUCUCCGAUUCCUUGAAAAGGGGUUUCUUGAGUGAGUCCGUAGAUUGUGAGGAUGCCCAAAAUCUCAGCAUUCCGGAGCAGAAAUCACCUGAAAAACCUCUCGUGUGUACUAGGUGUCAUAGUUUGAGGUUUUAUGGGAAGGUGAAAGACCCUAGUGUGGAGAAUUUGUUGCCUGACUUUGAUUUUGAUCACACUGUAGGAAGGAGGUUGACGUCCAUUAAAUGGGCUAGGACUGUGGUUUUAAUGGUGGUUGAUGCAUCAGAUUUUGAUGGUUCCUUUCCCAGGAAAGUGGCAAAUUUAGUUUCUAAAACUAUUGAUGAGUAUUCACGGGCAUGGAAGGAAGGGAAGUCAGGUAAUGUCCCUAGGAUAGUGUUGGUUGUGACAAAGAUUGAUCUUUUACCAAGUUCAUUGUCUCCUACAACGUUUGAACAUUGGGUUAGGACAAGGGCAAGAGAGGGUGGAGCCGGUAAGUUGACUAGUGUACAUUUGGUGAGUGCUGUGAGGGACUGGGGAAUAAAGAAUUUGGUUGAUGAUGUGGUAGACUUGGCAGGAGCAAGAGGACAGGUUUGGGCAGUUGGGGCCCAGAAUGCAGGAAAGAGUACAUUGCUUAAUGCCAUAGGAAAAUGUACAGGAAAAAAUGUGACUCAUCUGACUGAGGCACCUGUACCUGGGACAACUUUGGGUAUCUUAAGGGUGGAAGGAGUGCUUCCUGGUAAUGCCAAACUGUUUGAUACUCCAGGGCUUUUGCAUCCUCAUCAGAUUUUGACUAGGCUGACAAGUGAAGAGCAGAAACUGGUGUACAUUAAAAAGGAGCUGAAGCCGAGGACAUAUAGGAUCAAUGUAGGACAUUCAGUUCAUGUUGGAGGGCUGCUGAGGUUGGAUGUAGAAGAAUUAUCAACAGAUUCUCUUUAUGUUACAGUCUGGGCUUCUCCACUUCUUCCACUCCACAUGGGGAAGACAGAAAAUGCUUCUGCCAUCUUGGAGAAACACUUUGGCAACCAGUUACAGCCACCUAUCGGGCAAGAAAGAGUUGAGAAACUUGGGAAAUGGGUGAGGAAGGAAUUUCGUGUAAGUGGACAUUGGUGGGAUAGAAACUCUGUUGAUAUUGCUGCUGCUGGUCUGGGUUGGUUUGCCAUUGGAAUUAGAGGAGAAGCUGUAUUAGGUGUUUGGUCGUACGAUGGAGUUGACAUUGUCUCCCGCAAUGCUCUACUUCCUGAGAGAUCCCACAAAUUCGAAGUUGCUGGCUUCACAGUUUCAAAAAUUGUCUCCAAGGCUGAUCGAGCACAAAAUAAACGGCGCAAGAAUGAAAAGAAGAGACAAACAAGCGAAUCUAAUGAGAUAGACCAAAAAUGCGUCUCUACUAUUCUUGCUUCUGAUUCUCCUCAAACAUUAACUGGAGAUUCUGUUUGUAGUACUUUGUAA